AUGUCGAAAGUGAAAAAACGAAAAAAAUUCGAAAGCUUUAAACAACGGUCAGAACGUAUUUCCGGUCAAGAUUCAGAUCUUGCAAGCGCCAUUCGUAACCUUGGGCUUAUUUCCACUUUCAAUUCUUGUUUUGACAUUGAGGACCUGCCCUCUUUGGCACCCCAAUUCAAAACAAAAGUUAUGAAGGCAUUAAGAGUGAACUUCUGUGAAGUCCCAGCCGAGAAUGCUGUUAUUCCUGAUGUUGAAGUUACCAUUCCAGACAUGUAUAUUCAGCCUAAUAUCAACGGUGAAAUACUUUCAAAUUUAAGAUUCUGUGUUGCAACUAUCGCCAGACUUACGGAUGUAAAAGUUCGAACGUUCUUUAAGAAAUUGCAUAAGGUUGUAUCGAAUGGACAAUCAUUUGAAAAAUGUUGGAUCAAGUACUGGAUAUGGGGAAAUGCAGAUCUCUGCAGAGGUUCUUGCAAACUGAAAUAUACAGAUCAAAUAUUAUGGGUAGUUCAUGUAAUCUCUACGUACGUUACUUUUCAUAAAGUUCAGAUUUCUGCAAGAGCUGGGUUCGAUCUUACAGAGCCAAAUGGACGACAAAGUGUAUUGACAGCAUUAUCCAAAAUUUGGAGUUCAAUUUUGCAUGAGAAUGAUGAUUAA